AUGGUGAAGUUGAAGGAUGUUUCCCGGAAGGGGGACACGCAGUCCCCAACAACCACUGUCAUUGGUAAAAGUUUGGGUGGGCGGCAUGAGGAUGCACUCGUGCGCGCAGUGGAAAAAUACGUCCCCGAUGAAAUAGCACGGCACCUCAGCAGCUUAACGGUGUACGCUCAGUUACGAGCCGGGCUCUGUCCUGGAGAAUGCAACGGUGGUCACAAUAACAAUGCUAAUGUUGGUGCUAUAUCCUGUAGCGGCAACUGCAAAAACGGUAAUGCUGCUGUCUCGUGUGACAUGCGUAGAAGAAACUGUGGAAUAAUGAGUGGUUGUAAAAGGGAUGUUCAUUUGGAGAGUUGUGUUUCCCGUGUACUUUCAUGUCGAGUGUGUCAUGUGUUGCGAGGCUACUGUGCGUUUUGGGUAGAAUCAAUGCUCACCAUACGCACUGUUACUUCUGCAUCGACAAAUUUUUCGAGACACAAACGCUUGCGUAGGAGUGAUGACGUCGCCGUAGUUGCCGAUUGUGUGGUGUCGAGCGGGCUUGAUGGUGCGGGUGGAAACCGUCGGUACAACGUCAAACUUCUCACACUUCAUAUUGUCGAUAACGAAGCUUACAAGAAUCCCGGAAAUUAUGUCUUUGUACUUCAGUCGGUUUGCCAGCCCGGUCGUGUGCUGCAACUGGAGUGCUACCCCAACCAUAUGAUUCGAUUUGGGCUGCUGAUGCACUUCCUUUGGCAGUGUCCCUGUGAAGCUUUCGCUGCGUCACAAGCGAAAGGUGGCACCGGUAAGGAAAAGGAUUUAAGGCGACUUCAAGUCAACUCAGCGUUUUCCUCAACUGAUGUUGACAUCCUCCCAGUCACUGAUUUCAAUGAGUGCAACAGUUGUGGCAUGUCGUUACAUCUUUCCACAUCACCAGCUGCAAAGGAAGUAGUUGUGGAGACUCAAUCCGGAGCUGUGGGCCCCUCUGUGUUAGUGCUUGGGCUUGGUGCCAACGUAAUUGGUAACUGGCUGGAUGAGGCCCUCCCACCCAAUGUUCGCAUUGAUGUCGUGGAAGUGGAGCCUACCGUCCUGCAGAUUUGUCGGGAUCACAAGCAGGUGCCGCCGUGCGACGAAUUGGUGAACGAGGCGAACGAAGGCACAGGAGUGUGGUGCGUAACGCGUGGGCACAAGCGUUAUCCAAAUUAUCGUUUCAUUGUUGGAGAUGCAAGGGAGGUCCUGAAGGAGAGUAACGACGAUGGUCGAUCCGAAGGGCGCAACAAGAAGUGCAUUAGCCUUUCCUAUGAUGUUGUGUUUCUCGAUUGCUACGAUCCCGCAAAGGAAUGUAUGAUGCAUGACGCCAAUCUUGUCGAUUUGUGCAGGGUGCGGCUGAGGCCAGGUGGUGCGCUCAUCGUCAACGCUCAUAUUAUCCCGGAAAAGGAAAUGUUGCAGGAGCAAUUUCUUGAUCGCGGCUUCAGCUCUGUGCAGGUGCUGCGUGUGUCGUCCUGUAACCAGAGUAUUGUGGUGUGUCUGGCCUCUCAUAGCGGCUCUGCAGGCAAAACGGCUGAAGAGGUGGAUGGUGAAAGACUGUCGGGUCGCUUUACCGUACUGUCCGCUGGUCGAGCAACAAGGUACAUUCAUAACAUUAUUGAAGCGGGCAAUAGGGUGUAUCUUCACAAACCGAACACUUGUUAUUUUGGAGCAGGUUGGCUAAAAUCAUCAAAAGUGUUGGAGAAUGAUACGUGUUUUGUUAAAUUAUGGACUCAUGUCGAUUAA